AGUGUCGUUUGUUUACCGCGUGUGGGAUUUUGUGAUAUGUUGUGAUAGCCUUUGUUGAUGUUAUUGUGAUUGAAAAUGACUAAAAUCAAACCAAAGAAAGUUACUAUAGCAAAUCCCGCAGCAGCGUCUAGCCCCCCGCCAGUAGCAAAUCUCAGCACGUUCAAUUUAUGUAAAUUAAUAAAGUUAUUAAACAGAAAAAAAUUAUUGGCCCUCAAAUGGUUUCAGAGAAUAGGCAUGCUGAACAGAGAAACAGCGUGCGAUAAUUGCGGCAGGCCGAUGACACUGGUUCACCGACAAAAUUGCACCGGCUCCAGAGCUGACAAGUAUGAGUGGGAGUGCAAUAAAUGUCGAAUGUGUACCAAGUCCCUAAGAAAUGGCACUGUUUUCCAAUCUAGUAAAUUGUCACUUCAGAAAAUUACGAUUCUGAUGUAUUUUUGGGCACAUGAUUUUCCACCAUGCGUUGCUCAGAGAGAACUUUCGAUUACUGUGCGUACUGUUAAUAAGUGGUAUCUAUUGUGUCAGGAGGCCUGCAUGGAUGCGCUGAUCAGAAAUACUUCUAAGCUUGGAGGAGAAGGACGCAACCUAGAAGUUGUAGAGGGCAAACUUGGGAAGAGGGCAGUAGAUAAUUACAGGACCCCAGCAGAGCACCCUGUCAUUGGCGUUAUUGAUGUUGACAAUGGUAGCUGCUUUUUGCAGGUAGUGAUAGGUAACACAAAAGCUACACUGAUAACUUUACUGAAAGAGAGGAUUGCAAAUGGAACUACACUUCACUCAAAAUGCUGGAGGCUUCGUGAAUGCUAUAGUGACGAUAAAUUCUGUAAAGUUGUCAAGAAUCAUAAACUUACUCUCAGUAAUGAAGUGGGAAACACCUUUCAAAAACUUCAUGCUAAAGCGUGUAAAUCAGGAGAUAAUGUGGGCACAGAAUUGUCAUUUGAUCCAUUAUUGUGCGCUGCCAUUUACAAGAAUGCCAUGAAAAAUGAAGAAUUUUUCUUUGUGAAAUUUCUCGGAGAACUAGGAACCCUAUAUCGUGAUGGAAUUCGAUAUGAGAUGAUGAGCCAGUUGGAGCAUACUGAUUCGGAAGCUGGCACAUCCAGUCAGCAGAGAGAGGCUGUAAAUGUCUCUGAGAAGAUGGAAUGGACAUCAACUGUUGGUUCCCCUUGCUUUAGAUGUCGAUCUAAACAAUACACUAAUUCAGAAGUACAGGCUACCGCGUCAGACGAGAUCACUGUCUGUGAGGAGACUGACGAGGCUCAAAACGUCUCCGUUUCGCAGCAAAAUGUCCGCAGAUCGGGUUGUCUUCCCGAAGGAAAUAGUUCCACAACAGAUGAUAUUAUUAUGUUGGAGGACACCUGUAAGUCAGUAAGUAGCAUUAUGGUAGAGAAGUCUGCUGAUGGGCCAGGGUACAUUUGUCACUUGGGAGGCAGUGUUUGUGAUUUUGUGAUGGAGCCAGUGGAACUCGAGACAGUGGCAGAUCACAGUGGCUUGGAGAGAAGUGCAACCACUUCAGGUCUCGUUUCUGAAGGUGUCUGUGCUGAAGAAAAUGUGCUACUCACAUUAGAGGAUCACAACCAGAUGCCGAAUAGUAGUGUGAGAGAGAAGAGUAAGCAAGUUUCAAAGCAGUCUUCCAAAGUGGUGAACUGCACAGCAAACAAUGUGGUCUUACUGGAGGGGGACGGUAACCUACAAAAUGACGUACCAGUGGAAGAAGAUGGGUGCAUGUCGGGAAGUCACGAUGUGAUAGAUAUUGGAGGAGAUGAGCUGAAUGAGAUCCGCACAGAUGCAGACAUGGAGGAUGACCGAGAACCAGAAGCGAACACAAAUGUAGAACAUAUUAAUGAAAUAGACAUCAGUAUGGAGGAGCAGAAAGAUGUGUGUGAUAAGGUAAAUGAGGGACAAACAGUUGAGACAAGUGUCGACGAAGGAGAGGUAACGACCUGUGAGGAGGAGGAGGACGUUCGAGGACAUGUUGGUGUAACAGGUGAUGGAGAUUCAGAAAAAGCAGUACAUGGGUUGCAUGAUGAGGAUUCAGAUACUGACACGUACGAGCAAAAAGAUGCAAACACAGGCACGAAUGUGACUGCCAAGAGACAAUCUCGUAUAGUUUUUAAAAUUAGAGCGAAGAAAAAGGUAGUUCCUUUAAAAAUGAUUCUGCCUGCCGGAUGGAGCACAGAUGUGGAUUCUGAUGUAAAUGGUGAUGGUGUUGGUGAUGAUGAAGAUAUUGCAAAUGCAGAUGAGAAGAGAGAAGCAGAUUCUGAUCUUGUAAAUAUUGAUGAUGCAGAUGAAAAUUCAAAUGAGUGCGCAGGUAAAGGCAGUAAAGCAAAUGCAACUGCAGCCAAGAGGAGAGAAACAGAUUCUGAUCUGACAAAUAUUGAUGAUGUAGAGGAUAAUUCAGAUGAGUGCACUGUUGAAGGCAGUAAAACAAAUGCAUCUCCAGACAGAAAGAGGGAUGCAACUUCUGGCCCAGUAAAAAAUGUUAACCCAGAAAUUAAAGCGAGUGAGCGAACAGUAAAAGGCAGGAAAACAAAUGUGACUCCUACUAGGAAAAGAGAAGCAGCCUCUGAUCUGGUAAAUAUUGACUCUGUAGAAGAUAAUGCUGAUGGACACACAGUAAAACGCAGUAAAACAAAUGAAACUGCCAGUAGGAAGAAGGAUGCAACACCUGAUCUGGUAAAUAUUGAUGAUGCAGGAGAUAAAACAAAUGAAAGCACAGUAAAACUCAGUAAAACAAUUGCAGGUAAGAAGAGAGAUUCAGCUUCUGACCUGAUCGAUACUGAAGAUACAGAAGGUAAUGCAAAUGAAAGCACAGUAAAACGUAGUAAAACAGCUGCUGGUAACAAGAGAGAUUCAACCUCCAAUCUGGUGGAUAUAGAUGAUGCAGAAGUUGAUGCAAAUGAAAGCACAGUAAAAUGCAGUAAAAAAACUGUGGAUAAGAAGAGAGAUUCAGCUUCUGACCUUGUGGACAUUGAUGAUGUACAAGAUAAUUCAAAUGAAAGCACAGUAAAAUCCAGUAAAACAGAUGCCGGUAAGAAGAGAGAUUCAGCUUCUGAUUUGGUGGAUAUUGACGAUGCAGAAAGUAAUGUAAAUGAAAGCUCAGUAAACCACAGUAAAACAACUGCUGGUAAGAAGAGAGAUUCAGCUUCUAACCUGGUGGAUAUUGACGAUGCAGAAGGCAAUACAAAUGAAUGCACAGUGAAAUGCAGUAAAACGACUGCAAAUGCUGAUAAGAAGGAAGAGGGGGGUUCUGCUGUGGUGAUUAUUGACGGUAAUGAAAAUGAACGAACAGAAGUUCUCAGUAAAAGGAAUCCAACUGGUAAGAGGAACAAUGACGUAGCUUCCACUGUGGUAAAUAUUGACGAUGUGGAUGACAGUUCAGAUGAGCAAAAGGAUGUUAUCAGUAAAAGGAAUGCAACUAGUAAGAGGAACAGUGAUAUGGAAUCCAAUGUGGUAAAUAUUGAUGAUGUGGAUGACAGUUCAGAUGAGCAAAAGGAUGUUCUCAGUAGAAGGAAUGCAACUGGUAAGAGAAAUAGUGAUGCAGAAUCUGAUGUGGUAAACAUUGAAGAUGUGGACGAUAAUGCUGGCAAGUGCGAAGGAAGUCCCAAGAAUGCGAAUCCAGUGGCCCGGAAAGAGUCUGCUAUAUUUACAGAUGUCAUAGAUGUCGACGAAGGAGACAGCGAUGUUGAAUUAAUUGAAACAGAAGCUCAAUCGGGACCUGAUGUGAUGGUUGUCUGUGAACAAAAAAGGAAGGUUUUCCCCAAAGAAGAGUCACAACGACACGAACGGAGGCUGCUUGUUGACGACGUUCCAUGCAGCCUACCAAAAUCAGUUCUCAGAACAUAUUUUGGAAAAUUUGGAAGGGUAGAGCAAAUAAAAAUACUACCAAUGCCCUCCAGGAGAUCACAGCGAUAUGCUGUAAUGGAAUUCAAUACGAAACAAGCAGUGGAUGCCAUCCAAGCAGCCCGACCACAUGUGGUGGAGUCUGGAGUCGAGUUUGUUACUUACCGUGGCAGUUCAAGAGAUGUUGACACUUCGUUAAACACAAGACUGAAGGACAGGAUCAUAGUGAAAGUACAAAAAGAUAAUGGGAAGUUAACUACAGAUGACAUACAGCAGUAUUUUGCAACCUACGGCCAUGUAUAUCACAUAGAACGAGUGAUGCUUACUGGAGUAGAGAGCGGGUCUUCCACGUACGUAGUCAGCUUCGAGGACUACGACUGUGCCGACGUGGCUUGCUUAAACAGUCCACAUACUAUCAAAGGUGUGGAGAACAUAACCUGUGAAAAGAUGGAAGACGAUGAACUCCUCUUGUCGGGGACAGAGAUGGACCCCAUUUGCAUCGAGUACGAUAGCGAUGUGGAGGAGGUUCCAGUCGACGACCCAAAGACGGAGCCAUCUUUUACACGGCAGAGUGAGGAGCUGAAAAGCCUGGACGAACCAUCCACAAGUGGCUUACAGUCCAGUGGAGGGAAGCGACUGUCGGGUGAAGGGGCCGAUGUGUCUCGCAAGAAGUUUUGUGGCUACAAUACAUUCGAGAGGAACGUACGCACACCCCAGAAUACUACAAUGGCGAAUCCGAUUCCGAGUGUUUCACACUUACCGGGAACACGGACGCCCACAGUUACGAACGGUAGGAUCGGAUUGUACACGCCACAGGGCGGUAGCAAUAGCGGCGGCCAAGGUAGCGGCACGAAUUCGUGGCACACGCAGGGAGCGCCGGGCAGGCCGUUCUACAGAAACCCGGCCGCGACGGCGGGCUCGCCGCCGCGGUGA